AUGGAUGAGUCACUACAUUUUGAUAUAUCUAGUAUUAAUAGUUCUCCAAUUUUAUUAGAUAAUGAAGUUUGUAAUGUGACAACUUCCAUUGAGACGACAUCGGGGUUGACCCAAGAUUCACCUCAACAGUCCUUAUUCAUCAAACCUCCUUUUCCUCCAUCUAUAAACAUCGAUGACUUGGUCACUUCUAAACCUAAUGGUGAUAAACCCUCAAAAUCAAGUAAUGCUUUCAUCAUUUACCGUAAAGUUUACGUUAAGGAACUUCACUCACGAGGAGUAAAUUUACAAAUGACUCAAAUAUCACCUAUGGUUUCGGAGUCUUGGAAACAAGAACCUGAAAUUGUAAAACAAGAAUAUAAAAAACUUGCUGAAGCUGCUAAAAAAAGAUAUAAAGAAAUUUGGCCUUCAAAGCCAAGACGUCGUCAUCAAAGAAGACAACAACCACAAUUACCGACGAAUCCUUCCUCAAUACGUUCUAUUAAUUCUUCAAAUUCAAUUCAGACUUUUUUAUCAAAUGAUUCUUUGUCUUCUACACCUGCUAUAGAGUUAGGAGAAUCUUGGGGGUUAUUACCUUCUUAUCUAACAAUUCAGAAUUCUACAUAUGAUCCUUCAACAUUAUUAGAUCAAUUAUAUUAUGAUUCAAAUACUAUUACCUCUAGUCCAACAAUCGCUAAUUCAUUAAAUGAUCAUAAUCAUAAUCUUUUAACUCCACCAGAUGAAAAUUCGAAUUCAAAUUCAUCAAAUUCUACUUUAUUUCAUUUAAUGUUAAAUGGUCGUCAUAAUCGUAAUAGUAAUUCAAUUAAUAUGCCUGAUAAAAAAUCUUAUCAUCAGACUAUGACUGAUUGGCAUAGAAGCUUGAAGGGUCAUAAUACUCAUCCAUUUCAAUCUUUUAAAGAUGCGAUGACUAUUCCUUUUUUCACCUCUCAUCUAGUAUGA